AUGACGGGUCACUUUAUGAAAGAUUGUGCAGCCCCGGAUGUUCCAGAAAAGACUAAAGGUCGUGUUUACACCUUGGAUGCUAGGAAGGCUCAAGGAAACACCAAUCUUGUUGCUGGUACGUGUUAUGUCAAUAAUCAACCUUUGUUUGUAUUAGUAGAUUGUGGAGCGACACAUUCUUUUAUCUCUUAUCAUUGUGUGCAGAGGCUUGGCUUUGAGACAAGUUGCCUUGCAAAUCCUAUGGUUAUUUCUUCGGCUACUGAUGAUGUAGUAGAAGCUCGAGAAAUUUGCAAGGAGUGUUCUAUUACCUUCAAUGGUCGUAGAUUCUUGAUUGACCUCAUUUUUCUACCGCUUAAGAAGAUCGAUGUAGUACUGGGUAUGGACUGGUUGUCGGCUAACUCGGUGUACAUCGAUUGUAAAGAGAAGGCUAUCUUCAUUCCUGCUGAGGAGACUACACCAACCGAUGCCAUUAAACAUCUUCUAGAAGGUACGGUUAACAUGAUCAAUUACCUUUUUGUUCAAGAGAAGUCUUUCCUCUUGGUUCUUACGUCGGACUCUAAAGACAAGAAGAAUGUAUUGGAGAUUCCGGUUGUGUGUGAAUUUUCCCAUGUAUUUCCUGAGGAUGUUACCUCUCUUCCACCGGAAAGGGAAGUUGAAUUCUCUAUUGAUCUUGCUCCGGGUACCGCUCCAGUUUCGAUUGCCCCUUAUCGAAUGUCUCAUACAGAGCUAAGAGAGUUGAAGAAUCAGCUAGAAGAGUUGUUGGCGAAACACUUCAUUCGUCCUAGUAUUGACCUCAGGUCGGGAUAUCAUCAGAUUCGGGUUAAGAGUUCGGACGUAUCGAAGACUGCUUUUAGGACGAGAUACGGUCAUUACGAGUUUUUGGUUAUGCCGUUCGGGGUGACCAAUGCUCCUGCUGUCUUUAUGGAUUACAUGAACCGGGUGUUUCAACCAUAUUUGGAUCAGUUCGUGGUAAUCUACAUAGAUGACAUCUUGAUCUACUCUCGGACUAUUGAAGAGCACAUGGAGCAUUUGAGGAUUGUGUUGUCGGUUCUUAGAGAAAAGCAGUUGUUUGCGAAGUUUAGCAAAUGUGAGUUCUGGAUGUCCGAAGUCAAGUUUCUUGGACAUGUCAUAUGUGGCGGCGGCGUAGCUGUAGACCCUUCAAAGGUAGAAGCAGUGAUAAAUUGGGAACGACCCAAGAAUGCAACUGAAGUCCGUAGUUUCCUAGGCUUGGCAGGUAACUAUCGGAGGUUCAUUAUGGGCUUUUCCAAGUUGGCAUUAUCUUUGACCAAACUUACAAGGAAGGAAGUUUCAUUCGAAUGGAAUUUUGAAUGUGAGAAGAGUUUUCAGAAACUCAAGGAGAAACUGACUACUGCCCCAGUGUUGGUGAUCCCAGAUCCAAACCGAUCUUAUGAAGUGUUUUGCGAUGCUUCUAAGAAAGGUUUAGGUGGAGUGUUGAUGCAAGAUGGACAGGUUGUAGCUUAUGCAUCUAGACAGUUGAGGUCUCAUGAAGAGAAUUAUCCUACUCAUGACCUUGAACUCGCUGCAAUAGUGUUUGCACUCAAGAAGGAAAUUAACAUGCGUCAGAGGAGAUGGAUGGAGUACUUGAAGGACUUUGACUUUGAUUUGAAGUACCAUCCCGGUAAAGCUAAUAAGAUAGCGGAUGCCUUGAGUAGAAAGGAGUUAAAAGUUGCAGAACUGAUGAUAUUGGAGUUUGGCCUUAUGGAGAAGUUCAGAAAUUUGGAUUUACAAUUUGAGUGGGCACCAACGGGUGUGUUGAUUAGUAACUUGUGUAUUGAGAAUGAGUUGCGGGAAAGGAUCCUUCAAGCACAGUGUAAUGAUGUAGAACUGCAGGCUAAAUCAAACCUCCCAGAUUUCAUUCGUACAUCCGAUGGACUCAUUCUUUUUGGAUGA